AUUCGCUGGUAGAAAUCAUUACAUUCCUCACCCAUAUCUAAUUACGGUCCAUACCUGGCACACGUUCCUGCAGACCGUGGGCCAAAACAUAUGAUGUCAUGGAAAACUUGUCAAAAUGGUGAGGCUCGACGGGCUCGGCGUCCGGCGCCAAGUGGCAUGGCAGGGGUCAGCCAAGCCUGCUCGUCGAACGGACGGCGCGCCAAACACAGAACCAAGAGUAACGGGUAUGACGGGAAGACAGACGUUUUGGCCCACCCCCCCUUGCACUGCUUGGCGCAGUGUCAUGUGCUCAUGAUUCGCUGGGUGGAGCAGGCGGCCGCCGGUGCGAAAGAGUUACCAGCUGAAGUGGGGCGGCGUUACGUUUUGCUGGAGCGAGCAACCGAGAAUAGUCUUUGCAGCAUUUUGGAACAUUGCGCAGCUGUGGAGUGUGCAGUCUGCGCAGCGGCCGACGAAGAAUACGAAGGAGAUAUCGGACACUGAAGGGAUUCUGCGCCUCGCAUUGUUUACAUCUCCGACUGCUCAUUACGCUACUGCUGCUCCUCGACUAACA